AUGUCGGAUGAUAUUCGCCUUACAACGGCCGACGGAGAUGUGCAGCAUUACAAUCACAUCGUCCUUCGUGGCGGUAGCGGUGAUAGUGGAAGUGCUCGCCGCCCAGCUAGCUGGUGCGGUGUAAAGGACCUGGUUGUGGAAAGUGGUGGUCCGGUGUUACCUGUGUUAAGGUUGGGUAAAAAAUCGGUCGCAGAGUGCUGCUCUUUAAAUGAAGUAAUAACAGUCAAGUUGCCUACUGACUAG